AUGAUGGAGACGGCUGCCACAACCUUCGCCUCUCUCGCGAUCCUAGGUCUAGCUGGAUACGCGUACCAUCGGUACUACAAGUAUCUGAUACUGGAAAAGAUGGAAAAUGCCUUCAAGCCCGGGGACCCUGCACUGGAGAUCGCCGGGAUCGAGGAGGGGAAACACCGAUACAACCACGAAGAGCACUGGGUGGUGCGCGACGAACAAGCCCGGAUCGACAGGAUUGUUUCCGGCCGCGGCGUGGGGCGCUAUUACCUGCUGGUAGGGGAGAAGGGCACUGGCAAGACGUCUAUGAUUCUCGAAGCCAUGCGCAAGAUCAAUGGAGAGGGAUGUGCGAUGUUCGAGGCGCACGGUGAUCUGGAGAUCUUCCGGAUCCGCCUGGGCAAAGCACUGGACUAUGAAUUCCACGAAGACUAUGUCGGAAGUCUCUUCAGCGUGAAGGGCCCGCGGGAAACUACCGCUCUUCUGGACAUUGAGCGUGCCUUCAACAAAUUGGAGAAGGUCGCUCUGACCAGACGGCGCACGAAGAAGAGUCCUCUGAUUCUCAUCAUCAACAGCGUUCACUUGGUCCGCGAUGACCAUGACGGACAGGAUCUUCUUGAGGUUAUUCAGCAGCGAGCCGAGCAGUGGGCUGCAAGCGGUCUUGUGACGACGAUAUUCAACAGCGAUGACUACUGGGUCUACGAACGCCUCAAGCGAUAUGCAACGCGCAUGGAAGUCAUUCCCGUCAAGGAUCUACCCAAGGAGCCCGCAAUGGAAGCUCUGAAGAGAUACCGCAAGCAGUAUUAUGGCGAAGAGCUUUCCCCUGCAGACCUUGAGAAGGUAUAUGACGCGGUUGGAGGGCGAUUGUCCUUCUUGAACCGGGUUGCCAAGGCUCCCGAUUACAAGAAGCUGUGUCAGGAUAUCUGCACGGCCGAGAAGACAUGGUUCCUCAAUAAGUGUUGGAUCUUAGGUCCUGAGAUGGACGACGAUGUGAUGGACCAGCAGAAAUAUGCGUCCGCCGCGAUGGUGCUGGCUAAGGCACUUGUGGAUGAGGAGAAGAAGAUGAAGCAUUUUUACCACCCGGAGCUGGGCCACAUCCUGCCCGAGAUUCCUCUUCAUAAAGCCCGGCAGAUCAUGACGAGAGCCGAUUUCAUCCAGAGUUAUGAUCAUGAAAACAUUUUCACCAUUGAUUCUCGGGCUAUGGUCCGCGCCGAUUCGGUUCCGAUGCAGAACGCGUUCCGUGAGAUUUGCAACUGGCCAGGAUUUGAUGAGCACUUAGAAGGCACUUUGACCCGCAUUGGAGACAUUGAGAGUCUCGGACGUACGCGCGAAUUGACGAUCAAGGACCUCUGGAACCAGGGUAAAUACCAGCUGGUCAUGCGGGACGGUAAGGGUCGCGAGCAAGGCGCGGCCGAGUUCUCUGUGCUUCAAGUCAUGUCCCCGCGCAAGAAAGAAGUGUUGUCCUCUGUGACUAUAACGCAGGAGCCCAGCGCCGAUGUGCAGCGUCGCCACAAGAUAUGGCUAGAGCGGCUUCCGUCACCAGUGCGCUUCGUCCUAGUUGUCGUCAGCAGCCUAUUUAUCAGCUCGGCUCUGUUCACGCUCAUGCCAGUCGUGGACCAGGACAGCCUCGGUCACGUUAGCAAGCACCUCGAGACCUGGUGGGAAGUAGUGGGUUUGGUGGCGUGGAAGGCCAUCGAGGUCGGACUGGCCUGGAUCCUGGGCUACGACGGCCGUGACGUCUUCUCCUUCGUCCUCCUCACCCACCUCCCCACCUACUCCCUCCUCUCGACCUUCUACCGCGUACGACCAACCACCAACCUGGUCUCGCACGCGUUCAACAUUUUCUCGACCGUGGUCCCCUUCACCCUUCUCCGCCGCCCCAACUCCGUGCACAACCUCUCGCACGCGACCCCGAAGACCGUCCGCAACCGCCUCAUCCUGCAGGACCGCGCCACGACCGCGUACACGACCAUGGUCGCGACUGCGAUCUUCGCUGUCACCCUCUACAUCAGCUACGUGUCGGGCUGGCUGCCCACCAAGCUCGUCCUCCACUUCGAGGGCCUUCCCGAUAUCUCCGCCGUGCACCGCGGGCCCGCCGGCCUCCCCGUUCUGUUCUUCAGUCUGCUGCCCGCCGGCUUCGCCUUGCGCGACUUCCUGUUUGCCAGCUCAACCGGUGCAACCGCCGCCAGCACCAAGGAGACUGAGAAGAUUAAGAAGCCGUCCUCGACCUCGUCCCAGGAAGGCGAGUACCUGGCCUGCACCGUGUACCGCAAGACCUGGGGCACUCUGGCGCCCAAGACACAGGUGCUGAUCUCGCGCACCGUCGUGCUGGCGGGUAUGAUGUUCGUCGACACAGUCAUCCAGGUUGCUGGGACGGUGAAGGGCGUGUCCGUUGAGGGUGCAUCGGCCUGGGGAUUGGUGUGGGCGGGCGCUACGCUGGCGACGGGGGCGAUGUUCGGAUGGAUCGAGUCGGUGGACGGAGUAUAG